ACUUCUCCGUCUCUUCCUUGAACUGAAUACGACAAACAACAAUGUCCGCUCAGCUCUCAAAAACUGACUCAGAGGUUAGUAGUCUGACUCAGUCCUCGCCCACAAGAUCUCCCCGCCGUGCAGUCUACUACGUGCAGAGCCCGUCGAGAGAUUCUCACGAUGGUGAAAAGACGACAAACUCCUUCCACUCGACGCCUGUGCUCAGCCCCAUGGGCUCGCCGCCUCACUCUCAUUCCAACUCUUCGUUAGGCCCUCAUUCUUCUCGUGAGUCGGCCUCCACUCGCCUCUCCGCCUCACUCAAACCCCAACACCACCGCAAGAACAAUGACCGCAAGUCUCGCAAGCCGUGGAAGGAGUUUGACGCCAUUGAAGAAGAGGGACUUCUUGACGGAGAAAACUUUCACAGCGGUGUCUCUUGUCGCUUCUAUUUUCUCACUUUUGUUGUGGGAUUCUUUGUGCUUUUCUCUUUGUUCUCCUUGAUCUUGUGGGGCGCUAGUAAACCUCAAAAACCCACCGUCACAAUGAAGAGCAUUGCAUUUGAUCAAUUCGUGGUUCAAGCUGGUGCGGAUUUUUCCGGAGUAGCAACAGAAAUGGUGUCGAUGAAUUGCACAGUGAAGCUCACAUUUCGCAACACUGCUACAUUUUUUGGCGUACAUGUAACAUCAACACCGCUAGAUCUAUCAUUCUCGCAGCUAACUGUAGCCACCGGAACAAUACAUAAGUUUUAUCAAUCAAGAAAGAGCCAGAGAUCACUUACAGUGACAAUGAAGGGAAGCAACAUUCCAUUGUACGGAGGGGGAGCCAGCUUGGGCAGUGUAAACGGUGCACCGAUUGAGCCAGUGCCAUUGACGCUGAGCUUGAUGGUUCGAUCACGAGCUUACGUUUUGGGGAGAUUAGUGAAACCCAAGUUCUAUAAGAGAGUGGAAUGCGGCGUCAUUAUGGACCCAAAGAAAAUGAAUGUAAAUAUGUCGUUGAAGAACAAAUGCAGUUACCGGUGAACAUGAGAGACAGUGACAGUGAGGUGGUUAACAAUGGCGGAUUUGUGGGUCAAAAGGACGGAGUUGACCCAGCUAUGCAGGGUGGGAUCUGGAUUUUGUUAAGAUCUUCGUGAUCUGAUAACGUAGGCGGUAGCUGUCGGUGGUUUUAAUUUAUAUUGUAAUUUUUUAUUAUAUGGUUUUAAUGUGAGUGUUAAAUAAUGUUUAUUUAUUAUACA